AUGGAUUCGUAUCUCCAGAUCGACGAAGAUCCGGAAGACGUACGGACUCCAGAUGAGGAUGUUUUGAAUUUCGAUCUUGAUCUGUCGUCGCACCGCCAAAUGCUAAUUCAUACGCAACCUAUAUAUUUGAUCAAUACUUCGAAGUUGCAGACUCCGCAGCAGCAUGUGGUACAACAGCCGGAGUUGAACAGCACAUAUUUGGGGACUAGACAGUCGUCUAUUUUUUCUUCGAAUGGCAAUAUCCACGGGCUGCUGAACGACGAGGACGUGUUUCCUGAGAAUUCCUUCCAUGCUGUGGGUUCCACGCUUACGCCAGAUUGUCUCCACCAGCCUCCGUUUAGCUGUUUGGAGAAGCCACGCGCGGCGGCAGCUGCGCCGCCGCCGCCGGCUGUGAAUGUGGUGCCUCCCCGUGCGGUAGCUAGGGAGGAGCUAGAUUACAACUGUCAUCCGUUUGCGAUUGCGGAUGAUGAGUUGUUGCUGCAGUUAUCCGCGCCUGUCAAUCUGGGCCAACUGCAGCAUCAGCAGCAGCAUCAGCAGCAGCAACAGCAGCAGCAACAGCAGUUGCCUCUUCAAGAUCAGAUCCAUAGGUCGCUGGGCCCAUCGCUGGACCUGAACAAGUUCGUCCAGGCCGUUCACACUUACCAUGACGACGCGAACUGGGAUUCUCCGGAACAAUACGAGUUUGUUCACACAUUGACAUCCAAACUUUCACGGUACUGCGGCUACUUUGUUGCCGAUUCCAAGGAAAUGGAGUAUUUCGAUAAGAUCAGGUUACAAGAGAUAGAAUACCGGUUAUCGAAGACAUACUUCACAUGA